CGUUUGUAGAAGUGAAAAGAACGCUGAUAAUGCGAUCGAUAUCACAAUGAGCCGAAACAAUCAGCCAAAUUUUCCGGUCAUCUAUGAGUUGCUGAAGGCACUGUGCGUAGAUCUCGCCGGAGAACAUUGCAAUGCUGUCCUGAAAGCAGCCACUCAGCUCAUUGCCACCAAACCGAACUCGAUUGCGUACUAUGGCAGCUCAUCGCUGGCUGCGAACGAGUCGACGAUAAUGGCCCGUAUAAACAGUCGAUUGUCAUCCAAGAGCCAAGCUGCUACGAACAUCUUUAAUGGCUUGUACGAAGAGCUUGUUUCAAUGAUGGAAAGCAAGGAGAGGACACCAAUAUUGGAGUUUUUGCUCAACAUUGCUGAUUCGGACAAAACUGCUAGUGCUAGUGGGCUACAGAUAGACCUCCGUAAUGAUGUUGGCAGUGCGCUCACGAAGCUAAGCAUUAAUUCCGCUGCCGGGAGCAGCGGAAGUCAACGUGUGAUGAUGUCAUUGGCCGGAGGAAAUAGCGCCCCGGCUGCCGGCUCUACCGGAAGUCUUUUUGAUACUAAAGUGUUCACGAUGGACGAGGGUCCGCCGCAAAUUGCCGAUCGCAACGAGCUGGAAGAUCAACUUAUUCAGGACGUCAUCUAUGCGUGCACGGGCUUUAAGGUGAAGUACCUUCGAAAGAACGUUGUGACGGGUGAAUUCAAGUUGGACCACGUUCAGUGUCGGAAUCUGGAUGCAUGCGAUGCAGGAAUGUUGUUGCGUCUAGCAGAGGUUGGAUAUUUCUACAACAAGGUGUCUACGUUUACGAAUCCAAGCAGCGACUCGUAUCUGAUGGGAAACUUCGGUCAAGGUUACAUUACCGCGCUGCAAAAGGAGCUGACCAACUAUUACGGAUUGAUCGCGAACCUGCAGGAACACCUGGAUCGUCAACGCCAAUCUGGGGACAGUACUGACCGGAUGACGUUGACGCGCACGAUGGUGUGGCUAUUGGAGCCGAUGGAGCGUUUACAGUGGCUGGCGGUAAUUUCGGAGGCAUGCCGUGAGGUGAAAGGUGGAGCGCUAGCGUCGGCAGUGCAUAAGUUUAUCUGGCACGGCGAUCCAAUGGUGCGCACGAUAUCGAGACAGCUAUUGCAAUCCGCAUGCAUACCCUUGCAGCAGAUGUUGACGCAGUGGCUUACCGAUGGAAAAAUUGUAGAUCCACACUGUGAGUUCUUCAUCGAGGAGCUGACGGACGUUUCCCACAACCAGCUGUGGCACGAAGCAUUUCGUUUGCGCAAACCCAUGGUACCCUCCUUCAUAUCGGACACGUUCGCAAAGCAGAUACUAGUGAUUGGAAAAAGCAUCAACUUUCUACGCGAGACUUGCAAAGACCGAUCUCAAGUGCCCGAGCGGACGGAUCUGAAGAAAUGCCUCAACGAGCGGUUGGACUACCUCUACAGCCCUCACAACAACACCGAGCUGCACAUUUUGAUCGAUAGUGUGUAUUUGAAAACGUCCAAACGCGUGCUGGAUAUUGUGUUGGGACCGCACAAGCUGUUCGAACAUCUGAAAGCAAUACGAGGUUAUCUGCUGCUCGGGUACGGUCACUUUGCCGACGUGCUUAUGGAAAAGCUUAAACAGCAACUGGAUCGUCCGGCAAAAGAAAUCCACCAGCAGAACCUGUUUUCGAUCGUCGCGGAAGCUGUGCGAACCUCGGCAGGACCGGAACAGGACGAGCCGGAGGUGCUGAACAAUCUGGACGUUUAUUUCCUAUCGCCGUGCGAAGGUGACACCGGUUGGGAUGUGUUCUGUCUGACGUAUAAGGUUCGGGGGCCCUUGGUGACCAUCUUCCAGCCGGUGCAAUGCACGUACCGGGCGCUGUUCAAGCACCUGUGGAACAUGAAACGGUUCGAAUUCAUCUUGUACGGUAUCUGGCGCAAUCAUAUGCUGAGCACACGCUGCUACAAACCGAUUGCUAGUAAAAUAAGCAUCGUGAAGCAGCACCUUCAGACACUCUGCUCGAAAAUGAUCAACAUUAUCACGCAAAUGCACUACUAUAUACUUUUCGAGGUCAUUGAGUGUUCCUGGGAGCAGUUCAGUGCCUGUGUCCAACAGGCGAAGGGUCUGGAUGAUGUACUCGAAGCGCACGAAAAAUUUCUCCAGCGAAUAUUUGUUGGCAUCUUCCUGGACAAAUCGACCCACAUGUACACCAGAUCCUUGGAGCUCAUAUUUAGCUCCGUACACAAGCUGGACGAAUGGCAGUCGAAUUUCUACAAACUGUGCAAUCGUGAGAUGGACUCACUGAAAGCCUUUGAGGAUGAGAUAAAAGCGAGCGAAGCGACGGGGAACUACGGUGUAACGGCCGAACGGACACUUGAACGCGACGAAGAAAUUCAAAUCUUUGAACACCAACUAAUGAAGUGCCAGAAGGCGCUCAGCAUGAUCGGUAUAGAGUACGAGACUUCGGUGAGCCAAUUUCUGUAUAAUCUGGCAAUAUCGUCGACCGAAUCGUUGCCGCAGCUGUGUAUGCGAUUGGAUUACAAUGAGUACUACAAGCAUCGGGACGAACGAUUAAGUUUACCGCUCACCUUCCAGCACAUGCGAAAAAGUAUGGCGGGAAACUUUAGCCGCCAAUGAUCCCGCGCCAGUCCUGUCGAGCAGGAGCGAUCGCAGGACGAUUUAACUAAGCAGACUAUUUCGACAUUAGCUGAUCAGGUCUCGCUUCUAGUUUUAACUCAACAACAAUCUAAAUUUUCUAUGUUCGUUGAAAAUGGGCCACACUUGCCAGGGUAUUACAACUGUUGCGAUGUCAUGUAGACGAUUGUCGUUUUUGUUAGUUCCACACCCGUUUCAUGUUAUUACUAGACCCGGAAAAAUGUGCUUGUGCCAAGUUUUAAAAAGAGCGUUCACUGUUUUACAAGUAUUAUCAUGCAAUAAAGAUGAUCAAUUAAUUCUCAU